AUGGAUGAUGUGUUGAAUGAUAACAAAAGAGUAGCAGCUGAAAGCAAGAUAGUAGCUGAUCGUGAAAAAAUUCUUGAAAUGUGUGUGAAGAGAUUAGAGUCUGAUAACAAAGCAUUACUGAAGAAGACUGAUACUGAUCGGAAAGAAAUUGAUUUCUUGAAAGUGCGAGUAGCUGAAUUGAAAGAAGAAAAGGUUCGCAGAGAUGAGCAGAACAAGUAUUUCGAGAUGAAAAACAAAGAGCUUGAGGCUGCAAAGGCAUUAAAAGAGCACGAGUUCUAUAUACUGAACAAAGUGGUUGAGAAUAUGCUUGGAAUGUCGAUUGAAGAAAGGUUCGAAGAGAUACAAGUUGAAGAGCUUAGGGCUAAACGCCAAGCUGAGAUUGAUGAACAGAUGAAAGAUAAAGGUAAAGGUGCUGAAAGCAGUGUGGCAGUUGUUGAAAGAUCUAUUGUUCCAUCCUUAGUGAUUGAAAACCCUGUUCCUAUAUCCUCUAUCUCUGGUGUCUUUGAAGAGGAUGUAUCUUUAGAAGAUCUUGCUGGUGGCGAUGAUGAAGAAGAUGAUGAGGAUGAUGAUGAAGAGGGUGAUGACGAGGAAGAUGACGAUGAUGAGAAAGUCUUUUCAGCUAGCAGUCAUGGUUCUGAUAAUGACGAUGAUGAUGCUCAAGGUGGUAUGGGAAUUAAAGUAUCUGAACAGUCAAGUGAAAGGAUUGUUGAUGAUUUUCUGAACGAUACUGUAAAUGAAGAGACAGGGGGAGCUGAAGGAAAGGGGGAGCAUGGUGAUGAUCAAAAUGUUGAAAAAGUUGAAAAGUUAAUUCUGAGAUUAGAAACUGACAUGGAAGAAGGUGAACACAGACAUACGUAUUCAUUGGAAGAGAUUAAAGAAAUGACACGUAUGGUGGAUCCUGACCUCAAGUUUGAUUUUGAAGAGGAAUUAAAUGCGUUCGACAUCAACCACCAACCCGAGUACAAGUAUGUUGAGGAUGCUAACAUGUAUGACAGGGUUGAGGUUGAAGACUGA